GCACCAGGGCCACCCGGAGGGGCACCCAGAAUGGGAUUUAUUCCCAUUUUUACCCCAAAUUCCCGUUUUCCUGUUCCCUGCAGGACACACACAGGGCUGCCAUGGCUGAGGAGGAGGAGCUGGGCACCAGGGCCACCCGGAGGGGCCCUCUGUCAGCUGGCAGUGCCCGGGGCGGUGCCACCGAGUCCAGCACGCUGCUGCAGGAGCUCCGCGGCAACAUCUCCAAAUCCGUGCAGAGCAAGGUGGACUCCAUCCUGCAGGACGUGCAGAAGUUCUCGGACAGCGACAAACUCUACCUGUACCUGCAGCUGCCCUCGGGGCCCAGCCUGGGCGAGAAGAGCAGCAGCAGCAGCUCCUCCUCGCUGGAGCUGAGCACGCUGGGCACGGCCGAGCACAUGCACGCCUGCAGCUGGAUCCGCAACCACCUGGAGGAGCACACGGACACCUGCCUGCCCAAGCAGGACGUCUACGACGCCUACAAGCGUUACUGUGACAACCUGGGCUGCCGCCCUCUGAGCACGGCCAACUUCGGCAAGAUCAUCCGCGAGAUCUUCCCGAACAUCAAAGCCCGGCGCCUGGGGGGCCGCGGCCAGUCCAAAUACUGCUACGGGGGGAUCCGGAGGAAGACCGUGGUCAGCCUUCCUCCCCUGCCCAGCCUGGACCUCAAAGUGACCGAGACGCAGGCGGAGCUGGCCGAGCUGGCGCACUCGUACAGCGCCGAGGUGACGGAGGCCGCGUGUGCCCUGACGUGUGACUGGGCCGAGAAGAUCCUGCGGCGCUCCUUCAACAACAUCGUGGAGGUGGCGCAGUUCCUGCUGCAGCAGCACAUCAUCAGCCCCCGCUCGGCCCACGCCGACCUGCUCAUGGCCAUGGUGCUCUCAGAAAACACGGACAAGCCCCCCCAGGAGCCCCGGCCACCCUCAGCCCCCAAGAAGAACGGCCCGGACCCCGCGGACAGCAGCCAGGAGCAGGCCAAGAAGGACGCUGUCGCCAAGGUCCCCGCGCAGCCGCGGCCCGAGAAGAAGAAGCCGGAGGCGGCGCGGGCGGGCAGCAGCCCGCAGGUGAGCGCGCUGGUGGCGCGGCUGCCGCUGCUGCUGCCCCGCAUCCCGGCCCCGCAGCGCCCGCCCGUGCCCAGCGCGGCGCCCGCGCCGCCCGUGCUGGUGCCGCGGCCCGCGGGCACCGUGAAGGUGGCGCUGCCGCUGCCCGUGGGCGCCGCCGCCAUCCCCGUGCUCAACGUGCUGCUGCCCGGCGUGGGCGUGCCCGCGGCCGAGGCGCCCCGGGACCCCGAGGGGCAGCAGCCGCCGCGCGGCCGCGCCGCCAAGCGCGCCCCCGAGGGCGCGGCCGCGGACGGGAACGCGCGCAAGCGGCGGCGCGGCAGGCCCCGCAAGAGGCCGGGGGACAGCGCCGCGUCCCCCGAGGAGCCCGAGGCGGCCCGCGGCGAGGACGGAGGGGACUCGGCCCCGGGGGCGUCACCCGGGGCUGGCGGGGCCGCCGUGCCCGGCGGGGAUAGGGGCGUGGCCGGCGGGGCUGCUGAGGAUGCCGGGGACAGCAUGGAGGUGGACAGUGACACGGUGGCUGGUGGGGACAGCCCGGGCAGUGGCAGUGCCACCGUCCCCCUUGGGGACAAUGGCAGUGCCACUGCCACCCUUAGUGACAGCCUGGUCAAUGGCAGUGCCACUGUCCCCGUUAGUGACAGCCUGGUCAAUGGCAGUGCCACUGUCCCUGUUAGUGACAGCCUGGCUGGGGGCAGUGCCACUGUCCCCCUUAGUGACAGCUCAGUCAAUGGCAGUGCCACUGUCCCUGUUAGUGACAGCCUGGUCAAUGGCAGUGCCACUGUCCCUGUUAGUGACAGCUCAGUCAAUGGCAGUGCCACUGUCCCCCUUAGUGACAGCUCAGUCAAUGGCAGUGCCACUGUCCCCCUUAGUGACAGCUCAGUCAGUGCCAGCGUCCUACUCAGUGACAGUGCAGUCAAUGGCAGUGCCAUUGUCCCUGUUAGUGACAGCUCAGUCAAUGACAGUGCCACUGUCCCCGUUAGUGGCAGCCUGGUCAGUGUCAGUGCCACUGUCACCCCUGGGGACAGCGCAGUCAAUGGCAGUGCCACUGUCCCUAAUGGGGACAGCCCGGUCAAUGGCACUGACACUGUUCCCCUUGGGGACAGCUCAGUCAGUGUCAGUGCCAGUGUCCCCAUUAGUGACAGCUCAGUCAAUGGCAGUGCCACUGUCCCUGUUAGUGACAGCGCAGUCAAUGGCAGUGCCACUGUCCCUGUUAGUGACAGCUUGGCUGGGGGCAGUGCCACUGUCCCUGUUAGUGACAGCUCAGUCAAUGACAGUGCCACUGUCCCCGUUAGUGACAGCCUGGUCAGUGUCAGUGCCACUGUCCCCCCUGGGGACAGCGCAGUCAAUGGCAGUGCCACUGUCCCUAAUGGGGACAGCCCGGUCAAUGGCACUGACACUGUUCCCCUUGGUGACAGCGCAGUCAAUGGCAGUGCCACUGUCCCCGUUAGUGACAGCUCAGUCAGUGUCAGUGCCAGUGUCCCCAUUAGUGACAGCUCAGUCAAUGGCAGUGCCACUGUACCCCCUGGGGACAGCCUGCUCAGUGUCAGUGGCACCAUCCCCCUUGGGGACAACUCGGUCAAUGGCAGUGCCACUGUCCCCCUUGGGGAAAAUGGCAGUGCCAGUGUCCCCCUUAGUGACAUCCUGGUCAGUGGCAAUGACACUGUCCCCCCUGGGGACAGCGCAGUCAGUGGCAGUGCCACCACUCCCCUUGGGGACAGCCCAGUGAGUGGCAGCAUCCCUGGUGAUGGCUCUGCUGCUGGUGGCAGUGCCACCGUCCCCCUUAGUGACAGCCCAGCUGGGGGAAGUGCUAGCACCCACCUUGGGGACAGCCCGCUCAGUGGCAGUGCCAGCGUCCCCCUUGGGGACAGCUCAGUCAGUGCCACUGUCCCCCUUGGGCACAGCCCGCUCAGUGGCAGUGCCAGCUCCCCCAGUUGUGGCUCUCCUGGUGGUGGCAGUGCCACUGUCCCUGUCAGCGACAAGCCAGUCACUGGCAGUGCCACUGUCCCUGUCAAGGACAGCCCAGCCAUGUCCAGUGACACUGGGGACAGGCCUGUCACUGUCAGGGCCACCAGCCCUGUCAGGGACAGCUCACUCAAGGGCAGUGACACUGGGGACAGGCCGGUCACUGCCAGUGCCACUGUCCCUAUUAGGGAUGGGCCAGACACUGGCAGUGCCACCAUCCCCACUGAGAACAGCCCGGCCAGGGUUGGUGACAGUGGGGACAGGCUGGUCAUUGCCAGUGCCACCACAGAGGACAGGCUGGGCAGGGACAGUGCCACCCCUGGGGACAGGUCAGUGAGGAGCAGUGCCACCCCUGGGGACAGGCUGGGCAGUGACAGUGCCACCACUGGGGACAGGCCGGUCAGUGGUGGUGGCACUGCUGGGGACAGGCUGCUCACUGCCAGUGGCAGCGUUGGGGACAGGGUGGUCAGUGACAGUGGCACCGUCGGGGACAGGCUGCUCACUGACAGUGGCACCGUUGGGGACAGGGUGGUCAGUGACAGUGGCACUGCUGGGGACAGGCUGCUCACUGCCAAUGGCACCGUCGGGGACAGGGUGGUCAGUGACAGUGGCACCGUCGGGGACAGGCUGCUCAGUGACAGUGGCACCGUCGGGGACAGGUCGGUCAGUGACAGUGGCACCGUUGGGGACAGGCUGCUCAGUGACAGUGGCACCAUUGGGGACAGGCCGGUCAGUGACAGUGGCACCGUUGGGGACAGGGUGGUCAGUGACAGUGGCACUGCUGGGGACAGGCUGCUCACUGACAGUGGCACCGUUGGGGACAGGGUGGUCAGUGACAGUGGCACCGUUGGGGACAGGCUGCUCAGUGACAGUGGCACUCCUCCUGGCAGGGACUGUCCCUCCAGGGGCAGUGGCACUCCUGGGGACAGGCCGGUCCCUGGCAGUGCCACUGUCCCCGUCAGGGACAGCCUAUCCAGGGGCACUGCCACCAUCGUGGACACGCCUGUCACCGGCAGUGCCACCGUCCCUGUGGGUGACAGCCCCUUCUGGGCCUGGGGCACCGCUGGGGACAGCGCGGGCGCUGGCAGUGCCACCUUCCCCGUCAGGGACUGCCCGUCGCGGGGCACCGCCGCCAUCGUGGACGCGCUGGUGACCCUGAGUGGCACCGUGGUGGACAGGAGGAUCCUGGGCAGUGUCACCGUCCCCGUCAGGGCCAGCCUGUCCCGGGGCACUGCCACCAUCGUGGACACGCCCGUGUUCGUCAGUGCCACCGUCCUCGUUGGGGACUCCAUCCCCAGGGUCACCGCCACCAUCGUGGAGUCCAGGGUGCCCGGCCAUGCCAUCCUCCCCCUCGGGGACACGCUGGCCUGUGGCAGUGCCACCGUCCCUGUCAGGGAGUGCCCGUCCAGGGACGGUGCCACUGUCCCCAUCAGGGAGUGCCCAUCCCGUGACAGUGCCACCCUGCCUGUUGGGGCCGGGUCAGUGGGUGGCAGUGCCACCAUCCCUGUCAGGGAGUGCCCAUCCAGGGGCACUGCCACCCCUGGGGACAGCAGGCACGUCACUGGCAGUCCCCCUGUCACGGACACACUGGUCAGUGGCAGUGCCACCAUCCCUGUCAGGGACUGCCCGUCCAGGGGCGGUGCCACCCCUGGGGACAGGCCUGUCCCUCCCGUCCGUGUCAGUGUCAUCAGGGAUGGCAGGACGGGCACCAGGGUGGCACCGGCGGCCCUGGCACAGUGCGGUCACAGCCGGGCCGGGUCCCCCCUCGGGGACACGCAGGGACACACGGGGGCGGGCACAGGGACGGGGUCCCCUGCGUCACACCAGUAAAAACCAGUAAA